UGAUCGGUUUAUUCCGAGCGUUAUCUUAACUAGCCUACUCUCACAACCUGUGCUUCAUAGCCUAUAAAAUAUUUGGAAUGAACGAUUGAAAUGUAGCUAUGAGGAAUGAUAAUGGGCUGUCUACUGAAGGCAUUCCGCAUCAAUGUAAUAUCACAUUAAAUGUAAGGGGGGCUGGACGCGCCUGAAUCAUGGUUUGGUUCAUAUUUAAAAGAAUAAAAUCGCUGUUAAUUACUGUGCACCUAAUAAGCAAAAGAACCGCGUAAAACGAUUUAUUUUUCUUGUAAAUGCAUAACCCAUGCCUCAUCAUGAACUUUUCCCGUUGCAAGUGACUUUUACUGAUUAUUAUUUUUUUUUUGGAUAUUGUCCAGACUAUUUUGUGUUGUCAGUCACUGCUUUAUAUUAUGAGUCAGAAACAUUCCAUACAUAAAUGUGGAUCAAUUAAAGCCACGUGCGUAUGUCUAUGAAUGUUAACAUCACUGUCGGAAAGUGCCAACAGGCAUGAAAAGAGAAUCAAUAGCGGCUCUCCCAGUCCAGUGUUCAUGCUUAAAUAUAAUUUUCGGAUCUUUCAAAAGAAGCAAACUCUGCCCUUGGAUGUCUCUCUCUUUGUGAUGCGGUUUUCCGCUGUAAGCCACCGUGUGUAGUGCUGUGUAAUUUUAUCCACGCUGCAACCUCUUGGUUCACACAAGACUGAUACCUUGCCUCCCCUUUUCCUUUGUAUCAAUUGGUCGGGGUUCGGGCUAUUGUUGCAGGAGGGCUCUUUUAUUUCUGUGCACACUGUCGAUCAGCGAAAUCUCACGAUAGGCUCCCUGUGAAACCGACUGGCUGUUUUCUCCUCCUCGGUCAGAUACAGUCUGCUUGGAGAGCAGAGUGGAACCCAUGAGCACCAACGAGGCGAACCCAUGCUGUCGCCACCAAGCCGGUUCUAACAGAUGACCGCGACAUUUUAAAGAGGGGACAGAAGGAUACAGCACGUUUUGAUUUUAAUGUUCAGUUGACUGGAUCACUGACAAAUGGUACUUCUUUGAUGGGACCCCGUGUGCCAGCUCUUUCUAUUCCAGCGAGAUUUUGCCGACAUCCCGCCAUGCCACAAUGGUUAUAAUUCUGCUCUUGUUGUUACUGAGCUCCUUGGAUCCGAGUUUACAGGAAUCUCUGGCUCCGAGGCUGACCAGGACCCCAAGGGCGCCUUGUGCCAGGGGCCAGGCGUGUGACCCAAGGCAGCGGCGAGAUGCUGGUGGACGCGGCGGGGUUUACGAGCACCUCGGAGGAGCUCCAAGACGCAGGAAACUUUACUGCGCCACAAAAUAUCAUUUGCAAAUUCACCCGAACGGGAAAAUAGACGGAUCUCUUGAUGAAAACAAUCCUUUCAGUAUACUCGAGAUCACAGCUGUGGAUGUCGGCGUUGUGGCGAUAAAAGGCUUGUUUUCUGGAAGAUACCUGGCUAUGAAUGAGAAAGGACGUCUGUAUGCUUCAGAAGUCUUCAACCGCGAGUGUGAGUUUCUGGAGCGCAUUCACGAGCUAGGCUACAACACCUACGCAUCACGGCACCAUGCUACCACCCAGCCUCCACCGACAGGGUCCGGGGCAGGGGGCGGCAAGCGGCGUGCCAGUUCUAAGAGGCAGUGGUACGUGUCCAUCAACGGGAAGGGCCGGCCCAGGAGGGGCUUUAAGACACGGAGCACGGACAAAGCUUCCCUCUUCCUGCCCCGUGUUCUGGGCAACAAGGACCAUGAGAUGGUGCGCAAGCUCAGAGAGAGCCAGCGGCACCAGGCCGGCUCUCACAGAGCCCCUGUGGGUCGGGCAGAACGCAGAAGACGACGACACAGGGGCUCCAAGGGCCACAGCAGAAGGGCUGACAUUUAACAC